AUGAACCUUAACGAGUGGGAUCGCAAGAAGAUCUACCGCCACACCGCCCACCAACCCCCGGCGCAACACCUGUACAGCCCGUACGGUCAGCCGCACCAUCACCAUCAGGGGGACGCGUCCGAGUAUGCAUUUACCGCUGGGUCACCGGUCGAGGACGGUAACAUCGAGUAUGAGCGCAAGGGUGGAUGCUUCGUGUCGAUCUGCCGCGGCAUCAGCAUCGCCGUGCUGAUAUUCGUGUUCAUCUUCUUCAUGGCGUUUACGAUAUUUUUCAGCACAAAGUAUGCUUAUGAGCACAAGCCAAACCUGACGCUGGAGGACUUCCUCAAUCACCGUGCGUAUUUGAUCGACAAGCGAGCUCGCAUACCGAAGCACGUUAUACCGAAGCAUUACCGGCUGUUCAUACAUCCCGUCUUCAACGAAACCGAACACCCGUUCAGCUAUACCGGCAUCGUCUGGGUGACGGUGACGUCCAAAAAGCCCAACAACAAGCGCAUCGAGCUGAACGUGAAGAACCUCAAGAUACGGCUAGAGAACGUGACCGUGCUGAAGAGUAUUCGGCUCACCAAUAAUGACUUUGACGAGGAUCUUGAUUGGGACCUGAGCGAGGAAGAUUUGUACUCACUGCCGAGGUUGAACCGUCGUCGAAAGCGACGCCAAGUGGGGGAAGAUGCAGAUGUGCCUGUAACGCUGUUCCCGACCCACCAUCCUCCUGCACAUGACGUACGCGAAGAGUUGCUGGACGGUAGGGAAAUCGAAGGAGAAGAGAAGGAAGAUGAGUCCGACGAUGAGAUGGCGGAAGGGAACGGACAGAUGGGUCCGAACGGUACGGCUACCGAUGAGGGUGGUCCGAAUAGUAGUAGCGUGGAAAACGCUACCAUUAUCGAUAAGUCGAAAUUCUACCAUCAUCCAGUAUUUCCGGCGGAUGAUUUCGUCACCAUCAAGAUACUGGACAUUGAGUUUGACGAGUCAAACGAAAAGAUGAUCAUCUUCCUGGGUACGGAAAUGAAGAAGGACAUCUACUAUAUCGUGAAGGUGAACUUUUUCGGCAACAUGACCAAUGAUAAGGGGCUGUACUACACGCAUUACGAGGAUGACGCACCGACUCACAGACACUUUGCAGCGACCGUACUGGAACCGAACAAUGCGCGACGGCUGUAUCCCUGCAUGGACGAUCACAACUUCCGGUCACCGUUCGAGCUGAACAUUGCGCGGAAAAGUGACAUGAACACGGCAUCCAGCAUGAACCUGGAGAUGUCCGAACCGAUGGAGACGGGUGACAUUGUGGUGGACACGUACAAUACCACCGAUAUGGUGCGGGCAUCGGAGAUUGGUUUCGUCGUGACGGAUAUGGUGCCGGAACGGUACCGGAUAACGAGCAGGGUAAGCCUGCUGGCAUUCACCCGCACACGGUACGACGAAAACAUCAAGAACGCGACGAGCGUCUUUUCGCGCGUGCUGCAGAUCUACGAACAGUAUCUGGGCGUACCGUUCCCGUACGAGGUGAUCCGAUACGUAACGAUACCGAACAUUGACCAUACGACGUACGAGAUCAAGGAGGGAAUGGUGCUGUCGAGCGAGAAACGGUUGAUAAAAUCGGCGGACUAUUUUCCACCACUGGAUAAGAGCAUCAGCCGGGAGGUGGCGAACGAGCUCGCCAAGCUGUUCAUCCACAAGCUGGCGGAUUAUAAAAACAAGGAAACGUACUGGCUGCAUGAAUCGAUACCACUGUAUCUGGAGGCACUGGCGUUGCGCAACAUGACUACCACGAAUUCGACGACACUGGAUGACUUCCUGCUCGAGGGUCGGUUGCGUUCGAUGCGCGAGGAGAUGAACACCAAAACGUCCGCACUGAACAUCUUCACCAAUCACUGGGAGGAGGAUACACACUUCGAGCUGGUCAAGUACAAAGGGUUGAGUGUGUUGCGCAUGAUGAACUACACGCUCGGACAGCGUACGUUUGAUCACUUCAUACGGGAGUACUUCCGCUACCGGAUGGAGAGCGAAUCGAUCGAUGUCAUUGACAUACUGAACAAUGGUGGGGAAGGUGUGAGCCGUACGGACAGUGUGUUCCACAGCUUCCUGUAUAGCUGGAGCAGCCUGGAGAAGUAUCCCAUCAUCAAUAUCAAACGAAACAAUGCGACGGGCGUCUUUGAGCUGCGUCAGAUUCCGCUACCGUUCGAAGAAGAACCGGCAGAACAGCUCUGGACCGUGCCGGUAACGUUUAUAAACGAUACAAACCAACGACUGUUCGUAGAGAAGGUACGCUGGCUGACGGACGGUGAAAACUUGCUUACGGUCAAGUCGGACUGUAAAACGUCCAAUAACAGCUCCUGGAUUAUAGUGAACCCGAGCGGUAUUGGUUAUUACCGAGUUAAUUAUGAACCGUCCCAUUGGAUUAAGCUUGCUCACGUGUUAAAUGGUAACUUCCACUAUCUGCCAUACACAACGCUUGCUAUAAUAGUGGACGAUGCGCUUAAUCUGGCACGGUUGGGGCAGCUGAAUUACUCGAUUGCAUUUAAUGUGGUUUCGUUCUUGAAGCAGAAUAACGAACACUAUCAACCGUGGAAGCUGGCACUCAGCAAUCUGGAAUUUGUAUAUCACGCCACUGAGGAUCUGCCCAGCUUCCGGCAUAUAGAGCGUUUCUUAGAGUACCUCAUACUGGACAAAUAUGAAGAGAUACAGCACAGUAACGACACUACCUAUUACAACCCUUUGAUCAAAGAGCUGAUCGUGCAGUGGGCCUGUAAGCUUGGUGUCACUUCCUGCAUCGAACAGCAUAAAGCUCUGUUUCAGGCGAUCUUCUACAAUCAAACCGUCUCGCCUUUCGAACAGCGCGAGGAAAAACUCCUACGCAUUUUGUGCACCACCGUCAAGUACAGUGGCCUGUCCGAGUGGAAAAAGGUUGAGCAGCAGUACCGCGAAACUACCGAUAUCAACUAUCAGCGCAUCCUGAUCAAAAGUCUCGGCUGCACCAGAGAAAUAAGCAUGAUCAAGCGUUACCUUGGCCUGCUGAAGCAUCCCCAUUUUAGCAUGUACAGCAAGGAAAUUCUUACCUCGGUCAGCGAGAACAAGGUCGCACUGAAGUACACGCUAGACUUUCUCUUCAACGAGUGGAUCGAUGUGCGGCAGUAUCUGACGCUGUACGACAUCUCGAUUCUGCUGCGCAGCAUCUCGAACAUGAACGAGUUUAAGAUGUACGAGCAGAUCUUCUUCCGCUACUCGUACACGUUCCAGACGAUGGAUAAGGAAAUUCUCAAGCGCAUGCGUGACAUCAUUAUCAAGCUAAUGGUAUGGCGGAACGAGAUAGCGCCUGUGAUUGAGUUCGAGCCGUUUGACUUUAGCACGGACGCGGCAAACCAGGACGCGAUGUACCUGUGA